AUGAAUAGUGGAGAAGGAGCAGCACGACAACAACGUCCAACACAUAAUCCAUCAAAAAAUUUAAUACCAAAUGAAUUACAAUGUUUAUAUGAUAUACUUGGAUCACAAUGUGUGACUUUAUCAACAGCUGUUGCACAAGUUUUGCAUGGUUAUAAUGGUACCUGGAGAAAACAAGCAUGUGGCGUUUUUUGUUUUGUUAAAGAUUAUGCUAAUCGAAGUUAUUGUUUUCGAUUAUAUGACCUUAAAUCCAGACAAUCAAUUUAUGAAGAGAUAGUACCAGCUUCACUUCGUCUUGAAAAAGCCGUCGAUGUUUUUUAUACAUUCGACGGAUCGAAUUGUAAAAUUGGAAUAAAUUUUGUUGAUCGUGAUGAAGCACAAACAUUUUCUCAUCAUUUUCAUUCAAAACAAGAAGAUCGUCAAAAAAAGAAAAAACCUACUGCACCAACAAAAGUACCACCCCCAAUUGUUAGUCCACCAUCGACUUCUUCAACUGUGUCCUCUAUAAUUAAUGGAAUGAAACCAACACCAAGCGCUGUUGCACCAUCAUCAUCACCCGUAGCAGCAACAACCACUGUCAAUACUCCAAAAAAACAAAAUUCAGUGAAAAGUUCAGGUUUUUUAACAAUCGGUCGAAAUAAAAAGAAACCUGUUCGUCCCGAUAUAUCAGCACCCAUUCAAUCAUCAUUGGUUCAUGUUAGUCAUAUCGGUACCAAUGAAAGUUUUUUUAAUGAUGAUGUAACAAAAAAAAUGUUUGAACAAGUAUUAGCUAACUUGCAUAUAUCACCCGAAGACAAAAUUUAUGUACGAGAACUUGUCAAUACAGAUGGUGGUCUACAAAAACUUUUAGAAAAACCAUCAACAUCUGUGUAUAAUGUUAAUAAUCAAGGGCAACAACAAAUGUCAGCAGCUCCACCAGAAAUUCCUCCACGUGGUCAUCAAACUAUAGGUCGAAAUAAUGGUGGUCGUGCACCACAUCAAGAUAUAUCGGCUCCAUCACCAGCUUAUAAUCAAUCGAGUGUAAGUCGUUCUCAACCAUUUCAAGGAAUAUUUAAUCCACCUACUGGUCUUAAUCAACAACCACCUCCUACUAUUCCACCAAGAUCAGUUGUUCGUGCAUCUGAUAGUACAUAUCCAGCAACACAAGCUCCAUCAACUCCACCACCUCCACCUCCACCACCACCGCCACCGUUUCAAGGAGGAUCUACUACCGAUUCACAUCGAGCACACGCUCCUCCUGCACCCCCACCUCCGCCACCACCACCGCCAAUGCCAGCUAAUUUAAUGAAUCAAAAUCAAAGUUCGGGUGGUCCCCCACCACCACCACCACCGCCUCCUCCUCCAAUGAAUUCAAGUCCUUCAUCAGGAUCAGCAACAAAUUCAUCUGGUGAGCAAAGUGGAGGUGCAGCACGUGACAAUUUACUUGAUGAUAUUCGUAAAUUUGGUACAAAUAGAUUAAAACAACGAUCAGAACGACCACCAUUACGAGAAAUUUCACCCGCAGGUGGUGAUAAAAGUCCAGCGGCACAAGAUACAAUGGCAAUGAAUAUUCUUAAAAUUCUUGCAGAACGACGAGAAAAACUUAUUGGACCAGAAGCUCAAGAUAAUGAUAAUGAUUCAAGCGACGGUGAAUGGUCAAACUAA